ACAGCAAUUUUCAAUGUCAAAUAUCACACUUUUCUCUUCGUAACGAUUGAAUACGAACGAACAUUUCAAUCGUACGAUGAAGAUAUUAAUUAGUUUAUUCGUAUUCACGACUUUGUCCAUUAUUUUGACUUCCGCAAAGAGUCUUUCGAAAAUUCCACAAGAAAAAGAUACUGAGAAUUUUCAUAAAAGAAAAAUUUGGAAGAGAGUAGCAACUUCGGAUCCUAAUAAACUUUGGGAUGAUGGUGUUAUACCUUACGAAAUAAAUGCAAAUUUCAGUGAUAAAUUUAUAAAACUUCUCCUACACGCAAUGGAUAUUUGGGAAUCGAAAACGUGUAUAAAAUUUAUGCCGGCAGAACCCAUUCAUAAAUUUCGCGUAUCAUUUGUAGACGUUGGUAACUGUGGUUGCUGCUCGAGAUUAGGAAAAUUAUACGAAAAACAACCCAUUAUUUUACACGAAAAACAAUGUAAUUGGGUCACUCCGAUAUUGCACGAAUUGGCGCACACAAUGGGAUUUUAUCACGAACAAAGUCGUCCGGAUCGUGAUAACUUUAUCGAAGUUUUAUAUGAUAAUAUAGAAAAAGAAAAGUAUUAUCAAUAUAGGAAAAUAAGUAGCGAUGAAGCGGACACUCUAGGAUUUUCCUACGAUUUCGACAGCAUUAUGCAUUACCCGUCAUUACUUAAUAAAGAAGGAAAGGACAGUAUGCAAGCGUUAAAUAAAAGUAUAUCAUUAAGGAAAGGUAACAUGAAACUAAGUAAAACAGAUAUCGCUGCUGCAAAUAAACUGUAUAAAUGCCCAGAUUGUUACGUUAAACUAAAAAAGAAAAUGGAUAAAAUAGACAUGUCUGCAAACAGUCUGACAUCAAAUAAAGGCUCUUGUCAAUGGUUUAUAAAGAGAGAUCCGGGAGAAUUUAUAGAGUUUUAUGUCGAAAAGGUUGACAUACCCGAAAGCGAUGGAUGUUCCUCCAACUACUUGCUACUUCAAGAUGGAUACACGUCCAAAUCACCCGUAAUAGAUCGUGUUUGUGGAAUCAGAGAGAAGAGAACUUACUAUAAAACUGAAAGAAACAAUCUCUUGAUCACUUACGAGUCUUCCCCAAAUUCCGCAAGUGAACAGUUCUUUCUACUGUACAGAGUUGUUUGCAACGGAACCAUUGAAGGAGAUUACGGCAGAUUGCAAAAUCCAAACUACGAUCAUCCUUAUCCAUACGAUUCCAUAUGUCAAUGGGUGCUGGCUGUUCCCAUAGGCCAUGUCGUUUUAAGUUUUGAGACAUUUAACAUUAAUGACGAUGAAAAUUGCCAGUCUGACUACAUCGAAGUUAUUGAUGGCGACAUCGAUUCCGGUAAAGUAAUCUUGGAUAAAGUCUGUGGUAAUAAAGUGCCCGAUGUUAUCGUAUCAACCAACAACAAGCUAACUGUCACUUACGUAUCGAAAAACAGAAAUAAGAAAAAUAAAUUUUCAGCCAAUUUUAUAAAAGACAUCGACGAAUGCCAAUUGCCAGAUCGAGGUGGAUGUAACGAUAUUUGUAUAAAUACAAUUGGAAGUUACCGCUGCGAAUGUUCACCGAAUCGCAUUUGGGUUAAUCGUACAAACAACUGCGAAAGAUUCAUCAAUUCUUGUGGAGGAACCGUACAGAAGGGCGAGAGGAUCGUGAUUGAGAGUCCUUCGUAUCCAAAUCCUUAUCCAAGUAAUAUAGACUGCACUUGGGAUAUUCUCGAAAAUAACUUUCGCAUGUCCAUCUUCAAUGUCGAUAUUAAUGGAUCACAGGAUAAUUGCUUGGAUGAAAUAAUUGUUCAAAGACAAAAUAGUAAAAAGGUAAUUUGUGGUUCGGGAGUAGAUUUUGGUGUUCAAAUGUCGCAUGCAUCUGGUGUGCAAGUCCGAUUUAUUUCGAAGGAAAACACCCACAAAACCGGAUUUCAAAUACUCCUGGAACCACUCUAAGCGAUUUAUUCUUCUAAUAUUGUAGCAUUCAGACUCGUAUCCAUUUUGUAAUAUUUCGAUAAUAAUUAUUAUGUAUGAUUUUUAUUUUAUGUUAUUUUAGUAUUAAUUUUUAAGCUAUAAUUAAAAUAAUAAUUUUGUUUGCUUUA